AGGGACGGGCUUGGAACCAUGAGAUAUGCGUCCGGCGAAGUUUACAAAGGUGACUGGCACGUUGGACAGCGGAGCGGGAGAGGCGAGAUGAUAUACGGCACGGACAAGACUAAUCGAUACAUAGGCUCUUGGAUGAACUCGAAGAAACACGGACCUGGGACUUUCUACUUUGGAAACGGCGAUAUUUUUGUUGGUGAGUGGUCUCGCGGGAACAUGCAUGGUAGAGGGCAGUAUAUAUUUGCCUGUGGAGACAGCUUCAUCGGGUUCUACUCAAAUGGCAAGAAAGACCAUGGUGACUACUACUUCACGCAGAAUGAUACAGACUACAGGGGCAAUUGGCGCGAUGAACUUUUCGAUGGGAGGGGAUCGACCCGGUACUCAAAUAAUGAAACGUAUUUGGGUAACUGGAUGCAGGGCAAGCGCCACGGGCGAGAUUCCUGCUACGUGUGGCCUAGUGGUUCUCGAUUCAAUGGUACGUUUGAGCACGGUCAAUUGCGAAAGGGGCUCUAUCGCUCAGCUAACAACAUGGGCGAGUAUGAAGGCUCUUUUGUGCAUGGCCGCCGGUGUGGCAUAGGUCUUGCCCGCUUUGAUGAUGGCUCAGUUUAUAGAGGUCAAUUCCAACAUGACCGGAUGCAUGGUUCUGGAAGCUACAAGUUCCCUUGUGGGUCGCUAUAUAUCGGGAACUAUGUGAAAAAUAAA